AUGACCCUUGCCACCGCAUUUGCCGAAACUACACGGUUCUCGACGUCACAAGCGGAAAUGAGAAUCCGUAUGCUUAAUCUUUAUAGAAGAUAUAUUCGUCACUCAAGAGAGUUCGUUAACAACUACGAUCUCGACAUUCCUGCAUCCCAAGUGAAGACAAAAAUUAGACAAGAGUUUGAGAAAAGAAGAAACGUCAAUGAUUUGGCUAUUCAAAAUGUUAUGUAUAUGAAGGGACAAAUGGAGUUCCAGGAAUUAGUCAACUUUUGGAAGCAGAAAUGUCAUGUGAUGAGACACUUUGAAGACUUCAACUCGUAUGAUAACUCUGCCAAGAACGGAUUCGUUGAGAAGUUCUUAAAGGGAGCAGAUUGA